CCCCCCCCAUCUUCCAUGUUCCAAAUUGUCUACAAUGUGGCCAGCACGGCCCUUUGCUACUUCCUACCGGCCUACCACGCUUACAAGGCCCUGGAUUCGGGCGACCGGCGACGCGAGCGCGGAGCCCUAAAGGCUUUGGCCACUGUGUCGGUGUUCAAUUUCCUGGAGUUCACCCUCCUGGAUAUGUUUGUUUCGCCAAUGGUCCCCUUCUAUGGCCUGAUCAAGCUGGGCUUCAUUGUGUGGCUUUCGCAUGGGCGAAUCAACGACACGGACCCGGAUGCGGCCGUCGACACGGACGAGGCCGCUGCCUCGGCCGUCGUCCAGGCCAACGCCUCCGGCAUGGCGCUUUCCUCGGCCGAUGCCCCGGUCACGAAGCCGGGGCGUCGCUUCGGCUUCGGCCUGGGGGCCAUGCGUGGCGCGCGUUAUCUCUACCGACAUCUGAUCGAGCCGUGGUUCCGUCGCAACGAGCCUUCCAUUGACGGCUACUUGGACCUGUUCAGCCAGCGCACGGCCGAGAUUUCCACCAACCUCAUUGAUCAGUCGCAAAAGAUGGCCGCGCCGGUCAUCGACCAGGCCCUUCAAACGGCACAGCAUGCUGUCACCGGGCAAUUUGCUGCUGGGCCCUCCUUUGCUCCAGGUUCGUCGAGCGGCCCGCCCCCGCCGGCCUACUUCCCGCCCACCGGUGCCGAGGGGCAGGGCUUCCCCCCCGAGCCGAGCCCCAGCGCCACGCACAUUCUCUCCGGCCUGCUGUCUCUCCUGCCGGGCGCCGCCUUCUUGGUGAAUGGCCUGCUGGCGGCCAACGCCCCGGCUGGCGUCUUCCCUCCCCCUCACGGGGGCAUGGGCAUGGGCCAAGUGCCUCGCCGUCGCCCGGGUGUCCACCCGUCGUCGCAGUAUGCUGACAUUUCGCAGAGCCGGAUCGUCGUCUUGGAGGAUGAGGAUGACCUGGAGCCGGACGGCUUCGGUGGCGGGCCAUUCGAUCAGGACACAAUCGUCAUCGAUGGGCCUUGGCCACCGGCGCCUGAUGAUCCAGAUGCUCGAGCCUUCCAGCGCCGGACGACUUUCUGAAGCAGGUGCACUGUCAGAGGCUGAGCCAAGCAGGGG